UAGAGCUUUGCUCAACCAAAUCCAUAUACACUUAUCCAUGGCUUCUACAUCUAAUUAUCAUGCCUUCUUCUUCCUUUACUCCAUUCUUUUAUUUAUUUCUGCAUUUGCAGCUACAGCAGUAUCCCUCGGCUCAAAAUCUCUAGUCCUUCCAGUUCUCAAAGACAAAUGCUCCGGCCAAUACCUCACCCAAAUUAACCAAAGAACCCCGCUUGUUCCGGUCAAGCUAACCAUCGAUCUUGGUGCCAGGUUCAUGUGGAUAGACUGCGACACUUAUGUCUCAUCUUCAUAUAAACCCGUUCCUUGCGACUCGGCCCUCUGUGCACUCGCUGACGCACAUUCCUGUACUACUGAGUGCUACUCUAGUCCAAAACCAGGGUGCCACAACAAUACAUGUAGCCACUUCCCAGGUAACCCAGUGAUUGGUCUGAGCACAUCCGGCGACAUUGGCCAAGAUAUCGUGUCUCUUAAAUCCAUCAAUGGCGUAACCGUUUCGGUCCCUGAUGUUCCGUUUGUUUGCGGUACCGGAAUCCUGCUGGAGAAUUUGGCCGAUGGGGUGACUGGCGUGGCUGGUUUAGGAAGACACAACAUUUCACUUCCGUCGGCUUUAGGGUUUCCGAAUAAAUUCUCUGUAUGUUUGAGUUCUACAACAAACUCGAGCGGCAUAAUAAUACUCGGCGACUCGGUUAAAAUCCCAAGCAAUCUCCUUACGCAUACCCCAUUAAUCCGCAAUCCAGUGAGUACUGCUGGGUCUCAUUUCGAAGGGGAAGCGUCGACAGACUACUUCAUCGGACUUACGUCGAUAAAGAUCGCCGGAAAAGAAGUCAAAUUCAACAAGACUCUACUGUCAAUCGAUAGCGAAGGCAAAGGCGGAACUAAGAUCAGCACGGUUGAGCCAUACACUGUUUUGCACACCACUAUCUAUAAGGCCGUGGUGAGAGCUUUUGUGAAGCAGUUGAACAACAGAUUUUUUCAGGUGCAGCCGCCCGUUGCGCCAUUCGGGGCAUGUUUUCAGUACAGCACCACCUUCGACGUCGACGAACAAGGACCGAUGGUGCCUUUGAUUGAUCUGAUUUUGGAUAGUGCAGGCGGUAGCAGUGUGGUUUGGAGACUGGUGGGUGCAAAUUCAAUGGUGAGAAUCAGUAGCUUAGUGAUGUGUUUGGGAGUUGUUGAUGGAGGAUUAGAGCCUAGAACCUCCAUUGUUAUCGGUGGACAUCAAUUAGAAGAUAAUCUUCUACAGUUUGAUCUUGCAAAUUCAAGACUUGGGUUCAGUUCUAGUCUACUGGCGAAGAACACUACCUGUUCUAAAUUCAAAUUUAGUCGCUCCAAACUGUUUGAUCUUUAAGUUUUCUUUUUUUGAUGAAUGUGUUUGAUCUUUUAAGUUGAACUUAUUUUCCAGAUCUAAAUAAACAGUGAUCCUUGAGAAGGAUGUUUAAGCAGUAA